UUUCUGCUGUUUGAAGUGACAGAAGUGGAAGUCGUGGUGGAUUUCCCCACGGCCCAUGAACGCAUCCCCGUCCCGUUGGCAAUGACGUGUCAGGAAGCCCCGGAAGCUGUCAGUAGUGUCUCCAAAAUGGCCUACCAGACCCUCCAGCAGGAAUAUCUACAGAUUCCUGUUGUUACCAGGGCUUACACCACGGCCUGCGUCCUCACCACGGCUGCAGUGCAACUGGAGAUCAUCACACCGUUCCAGCUCUACUUCAACCCAGACCUGAUUCUGAAGAACUACCAGAUAUGGAGACUCUUCACCAACUUCCUGUUCUUCGGUCCAGUCGGCUUCAAUUUCCUGUUCAACAUGAUAUUUCUGUACCGGUACUGCCGGAUGUUGGAGGAAGGCUCCUUCAGGGGCCGGACGGCUGACUUCGUCUUCAUGUUCCUGUUCGGCGGCCUGCUGAUGACCAUCUUCGGCAUCUUCGUCAGCCUGGUCUUCCUCGGCCAGGCCUUCACCAUCAUGCUGGUGUACAUCUGGAGCCGCAGGAACCCCAACGUGCGCAUGAACUUCUUCGGCCUGCUGAACUUCCAGGCGCCCUUCCUGCCCUGGGUGCUGAUGGGGUUCUCCCUCCUGCUGGGGAACUCCAUCAUCGUCGACCUGCUCGGGAUCGCUGUGGGUCACGUCUACUACUUCCUGGAGGACGUUUUCCCCAACCAGCCUGGAGGCGGACGCUGGCUGAGGACGCCGUCCAUCAUAAAGAUGCUGUUCGACACGCCGGAGGAAGACGCCAACUACAACCCGCUGCCCGAGGAUCGGCCCGGCGGCUUCGCCUGGGGGGAGGGCCAGCGGCUGGGCGGCUAGCCCCGCGGUGCCUUCAGGGACCCUCCGGCGCAGACGGGACGGACGCGCCGGGCGCCUCCCGGUGUUCUGGUGAAGGACGCCAAACAGCCUGGACUGCUGUGGAGGAAACCGUUUUGUUGUUUGUGCUUUCGGCUUCAGAAACUCUCGGCCGGCGCCGAGUCGUCCCGCCGCCGCCGCGGCUCGGGGACCGCAGGACAAACGUUUGGACAAUGAGUCUGCGGGACUCCAUGUUUGUCUCGUCUCAGAUUAAAAUCCUGACGUGUGAAAAAGAUUUAACUGUAAAACAGAAUUUAUUCCUUCUUUUCCAUUUCGCCUUUUAAACAAAUAAAUGUGAGCAGCAGCA